UUAACGAAUGAUGUUUUAGCAUGAAUUUUGAAAUACUGCACAGUACCCAUUUAAUGGUUAAGUGAUCAAAUAUGCAAACAAAAUAGUUUCUGAAGAAAAAUGAAAAAGACGAAAUAAUACCACCAAUGGACCCAAAAAAAGUGAAAGAUGCUACAUUGAAAGUGAACCAAGUAAGAAACAUCUAAUUUCAUCUAUCUGUUCAUCUUAUAGACAAAUUACCAACGAUAUUACACUACUACACGCUUGCAAACCACCCACCCUAUAACCUGAUUAUUUGUUUUAUUAGAACAUGAAAAUCAUCAAUCACUGAAAUACAAUGUGGUGUGUUAUCCUACUUCUGCUAACCUUUUGUCAACAACGUGAAAAUGAUCAAUCUCAAAAAAAGACAUGUUUUUAUCAAGAUCCCGUGUUACAGAGAGAUUGCCGCUGUUGCUGCAGAUGACAAGGAAAAUAAAUCUAUCGAGUGGCUUCUAUAAAUGUGUUUAUUGCUCGAAUAAUUAUCAAUUGAAGUCAUCGUUGAAAAGACACCUAAGACUGGGCUGCAGAUAUGAAUCGAAACAGUCAAUUAAUUCGAGUAACAUUGGUAACAGAAGAAAAAAUAAAGGUGUGUUAGCGAGUAUGUUACUUUCAACGGAUGUUCAACAACAUUAUCAAGAAAGGAAUAACGUUUCAUGGUCACGUAGUGGUGGUGGUGGUGGUAUUGGUUAUGCGGGUGUAUCCUAUAGAGCGAUGAGAUCACAAAGAAAAAAGGAUACUACGACUUCUACGAAAAACAACGGACCCGAAAACAAAUACGUGUGCAACAGGUGCGGCAAAACCUAUAAAGCAUUGACAUCGUUGAGUCGUCAUAGAAGAUUAGAAUGCGGUGUUGUACCUUGCGAGGUUUGUCCUAUUUGCGAUAGAAGAUUCAAACAUAGAUUCGUGUUAAAUUCCCACAUAGUUGGAUGUCAAAGAAGAUUAAAUCAUAUUAUACAAAAGAGAAGCGAGUCACCGUAUUUGCCCGAAGAUCGGGACAAUUCUUAAUUAAUUAUUGUACACGCGCGUCUCUAUAUAUAGAUAUCAUUAUUAUUAUUAUUAUUAUUUUAUAUAUUUUUAAACGAGAUUCAUUUCCCUUUAUACCAUCUCCUUACUCUUCUUAUUCUUCUUCUUCUACUUCUACUUCUUCUUUUUUUUCCUUUUUUAUUAUUAUUAUUAAUAUUACUAUUCAUCGUUAAGAUUAAUUUUUUGUUCUUAUAACUUUGUGGUCAAACACACAAGAAUUUAAUUCGUAAAUAUAUAAAAAUUAAUUUGUACGACGAACAAAAUGGUGAAUAGAUAGGAUUUUGUUGCGCAGAUACUAUAAGAAUAUUGAUGGAAAAAAUUUAAUAUUUGCGGUAAUGAGCUUUCGAAUUCCUAACGCUAGUUAAUAAU